AUGUGUUUGUUUAGACUAACAAUGUUUCUAUUUCUAUUCGUGGACACUGUUCAUGCAAGAGUUCAUGGGAAAGAAAGUGCUGGCCUUGUGAAUGGAAAAAGUUCACUUAUUUCAUUCAUGUCAGGCAUUGUUUCAGACCCGAAAAAUGCUCUAGAGAGUUGGAAAAAAUCAGGUGUUCAUGUUUGUGAUUGGUCAGGUGUGAGAUGCAACAAUGCAAGUGACAUGAUCAUAGAGCUUGAUCUCAGUGGAAGGUCACUGGGGGGCACCAUUUCCCCUGCACUGGCUAACAUCUCUUCCUUGCAAAUUCUUGAUCUUUCUGAGAACUUUUUGGUGGGUCACAUUCCAAAAGAACUAGGCAAUUUAGUUAAGCUUGGACAACUCAGUUUCUCUGGGAAUUUUCUUGAAGGGAACAUUCCCUCCGAGUUUGGUUCACUUCACAACCUGUACUACCUUGACAUGGGAGGCAAUCAACUUGAGGAAGAGAUUCCUCCUCCACUUUUCUGUAAUGGAACUUCAUUGAGUUAUAUAGACCUCUCUAAUAAUUCCUUAGGAGGACAAAUCCCAUUGAACAAUGAAUGUAUCCUUAAAGAGCUUAGGUUCCUCUUACUUUGGUCUAAUCAUCUUGUAGGCCAAGUUCCUUUAGCUCUUUCAAACUCUACCAAGCUUAAAUGGCUUGAUUUGGAGUCAAAUAUGUUGAGUGGAGAGCUUCCAUCUGAGAUUGUACUUAAUUGGCCACUGCUACAAUUCCUCUACUUGUCAUAUAACAAUUUUGCUAGCCAUCUUGGCAACACCAACCUUGAACCUUUCUUUGCUUCCUUGAUGAAUUUAUCUAACUUUCAAGAACUUGAAUUGGCGGGAAACAACCUUGGUGGGAAGUUGCCUCAUAUUAUUGGUGAUCUUCCUACCAGCCUGCAACAACUUCACCUAGAACAAAAUCUCAUAUAUGGUUCUAUACCUCCACACAUUGCAAACCUUGUAAACCUUACUUUCUUAAAGUUGUCCAGUAACCUAAUAAAUGGAUCAAUCCCUGCUACCCUUUGCCAGAUGAAUAGGCUAGAGAGAAUUUAUUUGUCAAAUAAUUCACUAUCUGGUGAGAUUCCUUCAACCCUUGGUGACAUCCAACAUCUUGGUCUUCUAGAUUUGUCAAGAAACAAUCUUUCUGGUUCAAUACCAGAUAGUUUUGCAAAUCUCCCUCAGUUAAGAAGGCUUUUACUUUAUGACAACCAGCUUUCUGGAACAAUCCCGCCAAGUCUUGGAAAAUGUGUCAACUUGGAGAUUUUAGACUUGUCUCACAACAAGAUUACAGGGUUUAUUCCUGCAGAGGUUGCGGCCUUGAGUAGCUUGAAACUAUACUUGAAUUUGUCAAACAAUAACUUGCUCGGGCCUUUACCGUUAGAACUCAGCAAAAUGGACAUGGUUCUAGCCAUUGAUGUAUCCAUGAAUAAUCUUUCUGGCAGCAUCCCACCACAACUGGAAAGUUGUAUAGCACUGGAGUACCUCAACCUUUCUGGUAAUGCUUUUGAAGGCCCUCUCCCUUAUUCAUUAGGCCAAUUGCUCUAUAUUCGAGCACUUGAUGUGUCUUCAAAUCAAAUGACAGGGGUAAUACCAGAGUCACUGCAGUUGUCUUCCUCUCUCAAGAAACUUAAUUUCUCUUUCAACAAAUUCUCAGGGAAUGUCUCAAAUGUGGGAGCAUUUUCAAAUCUUACCAUAGACUCUUUCCUGGGAAAUGAUGGUCUUUGUGGCCCGUUUAAAGGCAUGCAACACUGUCAUAAGAAACAUAGUUAUCAUUUGGUGUUCUUGUUAAUUCCUAUGUUACUAUUUGGUACCCCUCUCCUAUGCAUGUUUUUUAGGUACUCCAUGGUAACCAAGUCAAAAGUGAGAAAGCGAUUUGCAAUUGUUAGUAGAGGUGGCUUGGAGGAUGAAGAGGAAACAAAAGAGCUCACGUACCCAAGAAUUUCUUAUAGACAACUUAGAGAAGCCACUGGAGACUUCAAUGCUUCAAGCCUAAUUGGUUCAGGUCGGUUUGGACAGGUCUACAAAGGAAUGCUCCGAGAUAAUACAACAGUAGCUGUGAAGGUAUUGGGUACAACAUCUGGUGAGAUUUCAUGGAGUUUUAGAAGGGAAUGCCAAAUCCUGAAAAAGAUCAGGCACAGAAAUUUAAUAAGGAUCAUCACAAUUUGCUGUAAGCCAGAAUUUAAGGCUCUUGUUUUUCCCUUGAUGUCAAAUGGUAGCCUUGAGAGGCACCUAUAUCCAAGCCAUGAGUUAAGGCAAAGGUUGGAUGUGGUUCAAUUAGUAAGAAUCUGCAGUGAUGUAGCUGAGGGAAUCUCCUAUCUGCACCAUUACUCUCCAGUGAAAGUAGUGCACUGUGAUCUUAAGCCAAGCAAUAUACUCCUUGAUGAAGAUCUGACAGCUUUGGUUACUGAUUUUGGAAUUUCAAGGCUUCUAAAAAGUGAUGAGAGUACAUCCACCAGGAACUCAACAUCUUUCAGUUCAACACAUGGUUUGUUAUGUGGCUCAGUUGGCUAUAUAGCUCCUGAGUAUGGAAUGGGAAAACAUGCUUCAACUCAGGGUGAUGUUUAUAGUUUUGGAGUACUUCUGUUAGAGAUUGUGACAGGUAAACGCCCCACAGAUGUUCUCAUCCAUGAAGGUUUGCAUGAGUGGGUUAAGAGACAAUAUGCACAGCCACAAAAGCUUGAAAACGUUGUUGAACAAGCACUACGAAGGUGCUCUCCUAGUGGCAUGCCAAGUCAUCAUAACCAAAUGUGGAAAGAUGUUGUGCUGGAACUCAUUGAGCUGGGGCUACUAUGCACACAGCAGAAUCCUUCUACAAGACCAAGCAUGUUGGAUGUGGCUCAAGAAAUGGGAAGGUUGAAGGACUAUCUCACUAGUUCAACCUUGCCCCCCAUAGAAGUCAAUCCCAAGAUUAAUUCUUUGUACAAUGAAGAUAAUUGA